CAACGACAACCACAUUGAAAUAAUGUCACGUCAUAUUCGUAAGAACACCAGAAAAGUAAGGCAGCGACCAAGUCUGAGUUCGUUUCGUUACACAUUCUACAUUACGAUGUGAUUUAAAACGAUAUAUUUAUGUAUGUGAGGUGAAUCUCAAAUGCUAGCAGCUGCCCGUUCAAUUAGCGAUACAAGCUAAGGUUACAGGUACAUGGGACCGCGAACGCCACAUAACUCUUCAAAGACGUCACUUGAACACGCUUUUUCUUUAUUGUGGUAAUAUUAUUAAGCAUGUUAGUCCCGUUGUUGAUGUCUUGGAGAGGAGGUGGUUUGUUUCACCUUACUAGGAAGUGAAUGUUGUGUCCGGGAAGAAGAGGAAGGGGGAGGGACUUUACAGGACUACACCGACGACGAGCGAGUCAGUGGCGCUGCUGUGCUCUUCUCCGCGGCUUCACCACCACAAAACGUUUUGGGUUUAACUCCAUCUCCACUCCACUGUGGACUCGUUUACAAACCAUCGGUAUUGGCACGUUUAUUUUCGGUUCGAAGCAGAAAACAAUAAUUGGCUUGUUUGAACACGGCCCGGGCCUGUAUGAUGUAAGCGCGGAGGACGAGCCUCUAGCAGGCUAAUAGCACGUCAAGUUGCCCGUGAACUUUGUCACAUUUCGGGGGCAAUGUCCGGUCUAGUAUGGGCAAGAAACGCUAGGAGAGCGGUGUUGUUUUCUCUCGGUUCCAGACGGAGAGGCACCGAUUCACUUUGUGGACUUCUUCCGGUUCCGAGGCGCCCUAUCAUCGACAUGUCCUACUCGGCGCACUUCAUUGAUUUUAAAGGAUCCUCCAUACCGAGCAGCAUGAAAAAGGUGGUUGUAAACAAGCUGAGUCCCAAUUUUAGAGAGGCUGCAUCGGUGCAAACAGUCCCGGUUCCGACACCCGGGGACGCGGACUUGCUCGUCAGAAAUCGUUUUGUGGGAAUCAACGCCUCUGAUAUUAAUUAUUCGGCAGGACGUUAUGAUCCGUCUGUGCAGCCUCCCUUCGAUGCUGGAUUUGAGGGUAUAGGCGAGGUGGUCGGCCUCGGCCUCAGUGCCAGCUCCCGCUACACCGUCGGGGACACUGUGGCCUACUUCAACAGCGGCGCCUUUGCUGAGUACACCGUGGUUCCCGCCAAGAUAAGUGUGCCUGUCCCCUCAGUGAGGCCUGAGUUCCUCACCCUUCUGGUCAGCGGUGCUACUGCCUACAUUGCCUUGAAACGUCUGGGUGACCUGGCAAAGGGCGAGACAGUUCUGGUCACGGCAGCUGCAGGAGGAACGGGACAGUUUGCGGUGCAGUUUGCCAAACAUGUCGGUUGUCACGUGAUCGGGACCUGCUCGUCCAAUGAGAAAGCAGGCUUCCUUAAAUCUAUUGGGUGCGACAGGCCAAUCAACUACAAAACAGAGGACCUGGCCAAGAUCCUGAAGACAGAGUACCCAAAAGGCAUAGACGUGGUCUAUGAAUCAGUCGGUGGCAACAUUUUCGAACUCGCGGUCAACCGUUUGGCUCAAAAAGGACGGCUGAUAGCGAUUGGCUUCAUCUCAGGAUACCAGUCUGCGUCUGGGAUCCCCCAGGUCAGAGGAGCAACUUUACCCAUAAAACUUCUCCAGAAAUCAGCCAGCAUUCGAGGUUUCUUCCUUCCCCACUUCAUCAGUGACUACAAGGAGGCUCUGGCCAGCAUGAUGCAGAUGUUUGCCAAGGGGAAGCUUGUGUGUGAGGUGGAUUAUGGGGAUUUGGCUCAAGAGGGGAGGUUUGUUGGCCUGGAGUCAGUCUUCAGAGCAGUAGACUACAUGUACGCAGGGAAGAACCUGGGCAAAGUUGUAGUGGAAGUGGCACCUCCCUCUAAUUCUGAUAGUAAAUUGUAAAUUUCUUUGCGCCACUUUAAAAUCAUGAAUGAUUUUUAUAAGGUAUCUGAUGAUGUAAAUCAGCAUAACUUUAUUUUUGCAAGAUUAACAAGAGCCAUGCAAGGCUUUAAUGACAACUUUAUUUUGUGCUACUGAGAAUAUAAUUGCAAUUAAAAAAGUGAGUCAGACAUUUUGUAAAGUUUUCCCUUUCUUUGUACAAUCACAAAUUAGUAUUAUAGAUAAAUGUGCAUCGACGAGUGUUUCAUUAAUUUAUAGAGCUAACCUCUUUUACAGUGGAUGCCGCAACAUUUUCUUAAUGUUCAUACCCACUUUCACUCAUUUCAGACCAGAUGCCUCCCUCUGCUUGCUUUUAGCACUCUACAGCACUUUAUCUACCAUAAAUGUUUUAUAGACUUCAUUGUUUGUCUUUUAGGGGCUCACGUUGGUAUGUCAAAUGUUAGUAUUGCUCCAGGUGUGCCUUAUAUUUUAUUGCCUGUGUGUUGCUGACAGGAAAACAAUCCACACGAUCAAUCUUUGCCUUCACAUGCCCCAAAGCUGUACAUAAUAAUAAAAAAAAGUGUGUCCACCUAACUGGCACUCAAAAUGCUGAAAAAAAAGGUUACUGUGGAUUGCUCUUUAUUUAUUAUCAUUACAUAGACAAACCACACUAAAUUCUGCAUAAAGGCCACUGACUGUAUUUG